AUGGAGGAGAUCAUGAGGGAGAAGGCAAGGAUAGCGAGGAGGAUGAAGCCAUUCGCGCUCGGGAGGCAGCGGUAUGCGGAGUUGAUCAGCGCGGUGAGGGAGGAGGUGCGCAAGGUCAGGGGCGACGUCGUCGACAUGUGCCUCAAACUCUACCGGUCAGCUACGACUGCAGGCCGUCGACCACGUCCGGCCCUACUUCCAGCAUCCCGUCAAGGCGCUUCUGCCGCUGUACGCUUGGACUAUGUUCCUUCCCCAGACAACGGCGGCAGGCGCAUAACCGUCCUCGCAGACAGCGCACAUAACCCCGCAUCCUCAACCACCCUCGCAUCCUACAUCUCGCAUCCCCUCUCUAUUGCCAGCGCUAACACCCACACCUCCAAUCCCCACCGAACGACCCACCUAAACUAUAUCCUCGUCCUCUGCCAUUCCUCACCCAAAACCCCCCUCUGGACGCUCUCCCAUGUCCUCACCCUCUCUACUCCUCUCUCUUCUUCUUCUUCGUCGUCAAUGCCAAUAUUCGACCCCCCCCUCACCUGUCGCGUCCACAUCGUCCUCGAAUGCACAGAUGCCAGCGACUUCUUCAAGAUCGAACAACGUCGAAUCGCCCUCGCCCUCGCCCGGUUCGUCUUCGUCCCCCCGCGCUGA